AUGAAUCCUAUUCAAUGGCUUCUCAUUUUACAGUUCAUGUUCUUUCUUUCUCGCUUCUGCUUGUCUAUUCAUAGAUUGAACCAGUGAUGACUCCUGUUAAAUGGCUUCUCAGAAUGCUCCUUAUUUUUAUUCUUUCUCGCUUCUCCUUUUCUGCAGACACCAUAACUCAACACCUCUUCAUCGAAGAUAACAACGAUGAAGUCGUAGUCUCUACCGGCAAGGUUUUUGCACUAGGGUUUUUCAGCCCUGAAAGUUCCAGGAGCCGAUACGUUGGUAUCUGGUAUCACCAGAUUCCGGACAAGACAGUUGUUUGGGUGGCCAACAGAGGCAAUCCCAUUGAAGAUAACUCGGGGAUUCUCACAAUCGACAGUCGAGGAAAUCUUGCACUGUUCCAGAAGAACCAAACAGUUCCUGUCUGGUCUACAAACAUCUCCGUCACAGGUACUAGGAACACCAUUGCUCAAAUUCUAGACUCGGGAAAUCUUGUUUUGCUUCAGAAUGAUACCAGGAAGGCUUUACUGUGGCAGAGUUUUGAUUAUCCUACAAAUACUAUGCUUUCGUCUAUGAAACUCGGGUUGAGUUUCAGAACCGGUUUGAACCGAGUAUAUACGUCUUGGAAGUCAUCGGACGAUCCAGGAUUUGGAAACUAUUCCAUAAGGAUGAACCCGACCGGGUUUCCUCAAAUGUUUGUGUACGAAGGUUCGGCUCCUUGGUGGCGAAGCGGGCCAUGGACUGGACGUACAUGGAGUGGUAUACCUGAAAUGAUAACGAACGUCUUUUUUAAUGUUUCUUUAGUCAACACUGAUGAUGAAGUAUCGUUCUCGUAUAAUGUGAAGAAUGCCUCGAUAAUAUCAAGAACCGUAAUCAAUGAAACAGGAAUCGUACAAGGAUUAGGAUGGAACGAUGAAGCACAACGUUGGAUUGCUUCUUAUUCGGUUCCGAAGGAACAGUGUGAUUUUUACGGGCAUUGUGGCCCAAAUAGUUACUGCAACCCUGAUAUCCCAGAUGGUUUCGAGUGUACAUGUUUCCCGGGAUUCGAACCCAAAUCGCCGGAAGCCUGGCUUAUAAAAGAUGGAACGGGAGGGUGCGAAAGGAUCGGGAAACAGGGCAUCUCGACGUGUGGAAAUGGAGAUGGGUUCGUCAAGGUGUCACAUGCGAAGGUGCCGGACUCUUCGGCGUCACUCGCAGACAUGAGUAUAGGCUUGAAGCAAUGCGAGGAAAUGUGCUUGAGAAAUUGUUCAUGCAUGGCUUAUGCUAGUGCAAAUUCUGAGACCAACAGAGGGGUUGGCUGCUUGACAUGGCACGGAGAUUUAGUCGAUGCAAGGACUUUUACCGUUGCGGGACAAGAUCUAUACAUACGUUUGGAUGCUAAUGAGUUAGCUCGGUAUGCAAAGAAUGGUCUACUUCAAAAGAAGGGAGUGCUUGCUGUUACCAUAGUUUCCUCUGCUGUACUGUUUAUCAUUCUUCUCGCCUCCUUGUGUUGCCUGGUACGAAGGCGGAGAAGGGCAGCAAGAACAAGAAAAAACAAAAAUAUCUCUGGUUUUACCACAUACGAAGACUCUUUGGGUGGAAAGGAUAUUGAUGAGGGCGGAAGAAAUGGAGAUUUGCCAUUCUUUGAUUUGAGCACCAUAGCCGCUGCCACUGAUAAUUUCUCUUCCGAUAACAAACUUGGACAAGGCGGAUUUGGCCCUGUUUACAAGGGCGUUCUGUUUGAUGGAAAAGAAAUAGCAGUGAAAAGACUAUCAAAGCAAUCAGGGCAGGGAGUAGAAGAGUUCAAGAAUGAAAUUGUGUUGAUUGCAAAACUUCAGCACAGGAAUCUCGUACGAAUGCUGGGAUGUUGCGUUGAGGGUGAAGAGAAGAUGUUAAUCUAUGAACUCUUACCAAAUAAAAGCUUAGACUCCAUCAUUUUCGAUGAAUCGAAAAGAUCACUGUUGGAUUGGAAAAAGCGUUUAGAAAUUAUAAGUGGGAUUGCACGAGGAAUGCUGUAUCUUCACCAGGAUUCCAGAUUAAGAGUCAUUCACAGAGAUUUGAAGGCAAGCAAUGUACUCCUAGAUGCCACAAUGAAUCCCAAAAUUUCUGAUUUUGGCAUGGCCAGAAUAUUUGGAGGAGACCAAAUUGAAGGUGAUACAAAACGUGUAGUUGGAACAUACGGUUACAUGUCGCCGGAGUACGCAAUGCAUGGACACUUCUCGAUGAAAUCCGAUGUUUAUAGCUUUGGGGUCCUGUUAUUAGAGAUUAUCACUGGAAAAAGGAACAGCAGUUAUUUUCCUGAUAGUCCGUCUUUAAAUCUGGUCGGACAUGUUUGGGAGCUGUGGAAACAAGACAGAGCCAUGGAAGUAGUUGACUCGGCCUUAGGUGAUUCAUAUUCUACUGAUGAAAUUUUGAAAUGCAUUCAAAUCGGACUGCUGUGCGUUCAAGAACAUGCAACACAUCGACCAACUAUGGCCACAGUCAUUUCUCUGUUUGGUAACAAAACGACUCUUCCGUCCCCGAAUCAACCUGCAUUUAUAGAGAAGAGAGUUCACAAAGGGGAUGAGAGAUCGAGUAGUACUGAAGGAACCAACUCCAUAAAUUAUGUGUCAGUCACUAUGAUUCAAGCUCGCUAGACAUAUUGUAAUGCUUGUUAAACAAAGAUCGGGUUUACAAGAAAAGAUAAAGAAAGAAUUUCAACAUAUGAAUUGCUCUA